UGGUUGGAUAGCGAUGCUGCUAACCCUCUUGUCCUUGGGAGUUGUGCUGGGGUCCUUCGUGCUUGGGACUCUUUGCGGCGCCUCCUCCCACUCCCUGAAGUAUUUCUACACCUCCAUCUCGGACCCCAGUCAGGGGCAGCAGCCUUACUUUGUCACUCUGGGAUACGUGGAUGAUCAGGUCUUCGUUCACUACGACAGCCACAGCCAGAGGCUACAGCCUCGAGCCUCCUGGGUGGAGAAGUUGGGGAAGGAGGAUCCCCAAUACUGGGAGACAGAGACACAGAAAUCACGUGGCCAUGAGGAGAUGUCCAGAGGACACUUGGAGAACCUGAGGAGUCUCUACAAUCAGAGCGAAGGCCUUCACACAUGGCAGCUGAUUUGUGGCUGUGAGCUCCAGAGAGACAAGAGAAAAAGAGGGUUUAUCCAGUAUGGCUAUGAAGGGAGGACCUUCAUCACCUUCGACAAGGAGACCCUCACCUGGGUGGCUCCUGACCCUCAGGCCCAGAUCACCAAGAGGAAAUGGGAUGCUAUUCCAGGAUGGAAUCAAGGAAAGAAGUCCAACCUGGAGGAAACCUGCAUUGAGUGGCUGGAGAAGCACCUGUCCUAUGGGAAUGAGACACUGCUGAGGACAGAGACCCCAAAGGUGACAAUGAGCAGCCGGACGGAGGUGGAGGAUGGGAUGGAGACACACGUCUGCCGCAUGGAUGGCUUCUACCCCAGGGACAUUGAUGCCUCCUGGAGAAGGGAUGGGGAAGAAUGGCUGGAAGAGACCUUCCAUGGGUCUGUGGCCCCCAACGCGGAUGGGACCUACCACUAUUGGCUCAGCGUCCGGAUCGACCCCAAAGAGAGGAGCCGCUAUCGGUGCCACGUGGAGCACGACGGCCUGCAGGAGCCUCUGGACUUGGAGCUGAAGGAACCAACCAAUUCAAAAUCCAACCUGGGGCUCAUCAUUGGCUGCGUUGUGGCUGCCCUUGUCCUGGCGUGUGCGAUUGCUGCGAUCCGGGUAUUCUUAAAGAGACGUCAAGAUGACUACAAAGCAGCACCAACAAGUGACAAAGGAUCCAGACCAGGAUACAGUGUCUGUCUUAUCCUAGAAGCUGCUAGGGUCCCAAUGUGGACUAAGAGGCUUCAGCUGGAACCUGGCAAGACUGAUUGUGGCUUUGGGUCUUGGGACCUCCAGUUCAAGGACAAGGCCAUUCUUGGAUGA